AGUAUCAAACAAAAAUGUGUAAUGUCCAUAAUUGUAAGUAUAUUUUUGAUAUUUAAUUUAUGUGAUGGAUAUUUACACAUGUACCGACGUAAGAUACAUUAUUAUAUUUUUAAUAGAGGGCAGUAUGAACACAAUCCCGACGCCAUUUGUGACUUGAUUUGUAACUUCAUACUAACAGAAGAAACGGCAUAUAAUUUCGGAACUAAAUGUGCAUUUAGGGCCAUUCUACAAUGCGUAGUAAAUGUCUUGUCUUACUAGAAAUAACCAAAAACAGCAGUUUUCAAUUAGUAGUUACCAUCCUUUGCGGCUGACGACGGGGCAUUUGUGACGCAUUGUAAAAUGGCCCUUACAAAAUGUUGUGGCACACCGUUUGUGUGACACGUAGUCUUCCUCCUCCAUUCUCCCUGUCCCCAUUGGUAUAUAAAUUCUUGUACACUAUCGGCGAGAGCCGCAGUAACUGGUAGCAACUGGCAGUAACGGUAUCGAGUGAGCUGAAAGUGGCACAGAUAAACACGAAUUUCAAUCAUGAAUGUCAUUACUUGUAUUGCACCGGUCAAUAUUGCAGUCAUAAAAUAUUGGGGAAAAAGAGAUGAAUCCUUAAUUUUACCAACCAAUGAUUCCAUAAGUGCGACUUUAGAUACUGAUCAACUGCAUGCAAAAACUACUGUCAUGAUCAGCCAAGAUUUUAAAGAAGAUUGUAUUUGGUUGAAUGGAAGAGAAGAAGAUAUAAAAAAUCCAAGACUUCAAAAUUGUUUGAAAGAAAUUAGAAAACGUUCGCAAUUAUCUGGUAACAUGAACGACUGGAAGAUUCACAUUUGUUCGAAGAAUAAUUUUCCGACUGCUGCUGGUUUAGCUUCCAGUGCUGCAGGAUAUGCAUGUCUUGCAGCCGCACUAGCCAAACUUUACAGAAUAGAGGGGGAUAUCAGUGUUAUAGCACGUUCCGGUUCUGGGUCAGCAUGUCGCAGUGUCAUGGGUGGUUUUGUGAGAUGGUAUAUGGGUUUCGAUAAGUAUGGAACAGAUAGUUUGGCGAAACAAAUCGUGCCUGCUUCUCACUGGCCAGAAAUGAGAAUCCUAGUGCUAGUUGUAAGUGAUGAGCAGAAAAAAGUUCCAAGUGCGAUUGGUAUGAAACGAAGUCUAGAAACAUCUGAACUGCUGCAGCACAGGAUAAUGCAUACAGUUCCAGAAAGAGCUAAUAAAAUACAACAAGCAAUUGUCGAGAAGAAUUUCAAGACUUUUGCCGAACUCACUAUGAAGGAUUCUAAUGAGAUGCACGCUACAUGCUUAGAUACAUAUCCUCCAUGUGUUUAUAUGAACGAUAUUUCUAACAGUAUUGUAAAUCUUAUACAUUCCUACAAUGAUGCAGUUAAUGAUGUGAAGGUUGCUUAUACUUUUGAUGCUGGAUCAAAUGCUACAUUAUAUUUAUUAGAAAAAGAUGUAUCAGCAGUAGUAGGUGUUCUCGAUUACUUUUUUCCUCCUCUUGAAAAUGCUGAAAAUCUUGAAUACAAAAGAGGAUUACCUAUUAAUGCAAGUGAACCUUCCCAAAACUUAUUGGAAAAAUUAAAUUUGCGAAAGCAUCCACCAGGACAACUUAAGUAUAUGAUAUAUACUAAAGUAGGAGAUGGACCUAAAUAUUUUGUUAAUCCAGAGGAUCAUUUAUUAGAUGGCCAGGGUAAUCCCAUUAAUUAUCCUUGAUCGAUUAUAUUAUAUACUAUAUCUUUUUUUGAUAUAGUAUAUAUUUAUUAUCUACUUUUUUUAAGUAGAAAA